GUUUGAUGAGUAACUUCUACUCUCUCUCUGAGAAAAUAACUUCAAUGAUCGUUCAUCUGUGAAUUACAACCUGUCGUUGGUCGUCUUGCUAUUAACACCAAACCAAAAGGUCACUUAAUCGAUUCCCUACUGGCUUACAACUUGCUCUAAUGCCAUUUAACAUACGUUUUUUUAGUGACGACGAGAAGGUAUCUCGGCUGGGAGGGUAAAGAGAUGGAAGUGAGGCUACUUUGUUUAAAAGGACUUAAUCUCUUGUUGCUUAUACCAUUCCUGGUGCAAGCAAAAGAGGUUGGCUCCAAAACUACAAAGACAAACCAAGCUUUGAUAGCAAACGCAACAAAGAAGAGUUCGGAUACUCUAAUGCAUAAAGGAGUUGUUUCAGACCAAAAGCCUCAAUCUUCGAGUCAGUUGACUGGACGGAGUGAUAGAAGGCUCGAAGUUCAGCGACCACUUGUAGAAGACGAAACACGAGAAUACGAGGAAGAAGUCAGCGAUUCGUCUCCUGCAACAGAUGUGUUAAGUGAAGUUGCAGGCAGAGAGAGAAACAAAGAAGAGGUGCUGGAUGCUGUGCGCCCGUACAAAUCUCAAGACGACGAAAAGUUUGACAUUCAAGAUAGAAGACGACAAGGUGGUCAAAUGUUAGGUAAGGAAUUAAACAAGAUGAAGAAUAAAGGCUUAAUGGCCGAGUCUGAAGAUGAGUCAAUUGCAGAAGCCGCUUCACGUAAAACCCUCGAGAUCUACAUUGCCGAGGAAAACGUCGUUCAGCAGAAGAAACAUGUUAACAACAGGACCAUUCCGCUCCCUCGAAAUGAGAGCAUGGCCACCGUUAAAAACGGAAUUAAGACAAAGAGCAGUACUGGAAUUGGAAUUAUCCGCAAAACGGACGCCACUGCCGAAAAGAUUGCUUCUGUCACCAGUAAAAGCCCUGCCGCCACAACAGCAACCGGUGCAACAUCAACCGGUGCAACAUCAGCCGAUGCAACAUCAGCCGGUGCAAUAGCAACCGGUGCAACAUCAACCGGUGCAAAAUCAACCGGUGCAACAUCAGCCGCUAACAGAACGGGGAAUAGGAAUAAUGCGGUAUUUCAAGAGGCUCUUGCAGCACACAACAAACUCAGAGCAAUGCAUCACGUGAAUCCACUUCAGUGGAACGUAACCCUAGCAGAGCAAGCACAGCAGACAGCAGAAUCUGUGGCCAGCGAUCCUUCCACCUUCCAAGGGGAGCCUCUCGGUGAGAACAUCGCUCAAAUAUGGCACGACUUACCAAGAGCGCCACUAAAGGCGACAACCAUAUGGUACAGUGAGAAAAAAGCUUUCAGUUUUUCAUAUCCACAGCUGAACGACAAAGUAAAGCACUUCACGCAAAUGAUUUGGGGAGAUACGAGCCAGUUGGGAAUGGGCGCAGCACCAAGCCCCAGCGGCAAGUACGUCAUAGUUGUUGCAUUGUACAGACCCGUGGGAAAUGACAUUCAUCGCAUCAGAGACAAUGUGCAAAGGCCGGGGCCGGCACAGGAUGUGUAUGCGACAAUAAAAGAAGAAAUUUCAAAACCAAAUAACUGAGAUUAGUUUCGCAAAGAAAUUGGCAUUUUGUCUUUUAAUGUUUCAUACUAAACCACGACUUCAAUUUUCCUCUAAAUACAAAAAGUAAAACAUGGGUACCACUCGUACCUUCUGUUACCAAAGUUAAUUCGAAGUAUAGGAGAAUAACUGGCACAGGAUUCUACCUGUCCAGCUUUAUUCUGCUAAGUUCAGUUUGUUAUGCUUGAAGAUCAAUUCUUUUGGGGAAGCAAGAGAUUUCCUGUUCAAGAAUGCUUGUCGUCGCUCUUUACAUCACAAUUUUGUAAUAUUUUGAUCUCGUUUAGUUUAGGUAAAAGCUUACCAGGGAAUAAUUUCUGUAAGCAUCGACUUAACAAAGAAUUAAACUUAAGCAAACUCGA